CUUCGUUUGCCUCGUUUGCUGCUCGAUCCAGGCCGCAGCCUCGGCUCAUUUCGCACAUAUGAUCCUCCAGAAGCAGAGUCUCGGCACUCACAGCAAGGCAUGCAGCUACGUCGCUCAAUCCAGAGGGCUGGCUUUCGUCGCUUCCGACAAGCAGGAUGAAGGAUCGAAGCUCUCAACGAGAGAGAAAGUCGAGAACUACCUGAAAGAGAGGGGGAUAUCUUGGAUGGAGAUACCCAAGGCUCUUGUUUUGUACGAGCUGACGUCUGCUGGGAUCAUGAUGGCGAUCUGGGGGAUUUGCUAUGCAUUCCAACCGAUGCAGAGAGGGAUCAUGAUGACAAAAGCGCUCAAGCCUGGAGCUUACGAGAAAGCGAUUGCGGCCGGCAAGAAGAUAACAGGAAAAGAGCAGGCUGUACGAGCGGUCACAGCCUAUGCUGAAGGACUUUUGAUCCGAUCAGCUUUCAAGCCUUUGAUCAUUCCAGCCAAGCUGUUUCUUACGUGGAAGUUUCAACAAGCAGUGAACUACUUCACAAAGACAUUGAAGAAAGAUUCGACGCUGGUGAAGAAAGCUAGUUGACAGCAUUGGAGCUGAAAACAGCCUUCUGCUCAAGGCUGAACGAAACAAACAGAUCGUCCGUCUUCGUCGAAGAUUUUGUCGAAACGAUCCCUCCUCAUAGGAAUUUCUUGACGAAUUUACUUACCUGUACAUGCCCUUGAAUUGCUUUGUUCUAAUCAACAAGACUCACAAGCG